CAAUCAAAACCAAAGAAAAACAAAUAGCAAAACAGAUAAGCACCAAUAAAUCUUUUUAUAACCCAAAAUUCACCAAUCUUAAAAAAAAAACUCAUUAUAUUCCCCUCUCUUUAGUCAAAAAAAUCUCCAACCAUUUCGGAGAGGGGGCAUAUUUCCCUUAGAUCCAAAAAAAAAAACUUGUUUCCCCCUCCGAAACCUCUGCCUUUUGAAAUCAUCUCAAUUCGUUACAACUCAAAAAGUUGUACAAAAAAUUGAGAAAAUUAAAAUCUCUUCUUCUUCUUCAAUUUUAGUGCAUGAUAUGACGAGACCAAUUAUUAUACGGUCACCACCAUUAUUAUCAUUAGACAAAAGACAACCUCUUUUAUGCACUCAAGAUUGCUCGUCAUCACGCGGCGGUGUGGGUGUUCGAAAGGCUCGGUUAGCGGAGGUUGCCGGAGGUGCAACGGCGGGAUGUGCGGCGGUGGCUUGUUGUUGUCCAUGUGGAAUUGUGAAUUUGUUGGUUUUGGCUGUAUAUAAAGUACCUGCUGGACUUUGUCGUAAGGCAUUGAGGAAAAAACGUAGAAAUCGGUUGUCGAAAAAAGGACUUUUGCCGUCGAAAGGACACAGUGGCUGUGAUGAAAUGGAGCUAAUUCAUAGUUAUCCUAUUUCUAGCCCUAUUGCGGUGGUCGGCGGCGGAAACCUAGAAUCUGAUAAGGAUGCGCUGGAAUUGGAGAAGGAAAUGUGGGACAAGUUUUAUGGUGCUGGGUUUUGGAGGAGCCCCUCUCAACGAGCUGAAAUAUAACGUCUUCAGAUGAAUCAGUGGCAGAGGUGGUGAUGUCCAGUGGUUGAAUGAAACAAUCAGAAAUAUUAAGCCAGUGAAAAAGGAGGAGAAAAUGUUCUACGUACUUUAUGUUCUCUCUGGCUCUCUUUCUCUCUCUCUGUAAUUAAAGAUGAUUCACUCUUGUAUUAUAUUUUUCUAUUUGAUGUCGUAUUUUCGUUUCAAGAAUCAAAUGAAAUUUAUUGUUCAAUUGCAAAUUUUGUAUUAUUUUAUUCCUCAUAUUUAUUCCACUUUCGAGUGUCUAAUGGGAUAUUUUUAUGAAUCA